AUGGCACAAAUAUUAGCUAUGCAUGAAGACGUCAUCUUCGACGAAUCUAUUGCGCACUAUGAAGUUCAUGCAUACCAACCUUAUGCAUCCUCAUCAUAUAAUAACAAUAAUGAGAUUCAAAUAGCUAUUCAAGAUCAAAAUUUAUAUCUAUUACCAAAAAUCGAUCGAAAUAGUAAUGUGGGUGUGACAAGUGUUAUAAAAGGAUAUGAAUCUCAGAGUCCUAGACAAGUUUCGAUUUUAGAAAAUGCUGGUUGGUUGAUGAAUGAUACAACCAGCUUAAAUGAUGCUAAUGGAAAUUUUGGUCUAUCAAUACCAAUGAGUACAUUAUUGGGAUUUGCAGAACAUUAUCUUCAAGUGGUUUUUGGUGCACGGCAUAAGUUAAUUAUCAAAAGAACCGACGUUGACAUCAAUGCGGUAAUGCAAACAGCUGAUGAAGACUUUAAAAUUACUCUAGAAAAAAUGAAAUGGAUGAUGCCAUCUAUCAAGGUUUCUGAUAAAGUAAAAGUUGGAUUAUUGGACUCCAUAGCUAAAGACCCAAUAAUAUCUAUGAGUUUUCGUACAUGGGAAUUGUAUGAGUAUCCGUUGCUUCCGGCUACAACAAAACAAAUAUGGGCUAUUAAAACAUCGACUCAGUUGGAAAAACCUCGAUAUGUAGUGUUAAGAUUUCAAACUGCACGAAAAAAAAAUCUUCGCGCAAAUGCAAACAAAUUCGAUCAUUGUAAUAUUCAUGAUGUUCAACUUUAUUUAAAUUCACAAUGUUAUCCAUACGCAAAUUUAAAUCUUGAUAUAGCUAACAAUCAAUUUGCUUUAUUGUACGAUAUGUAUGCGAAUUUUCAAACUUCGUACUAUAAUAAAGAGUCUGAGCCUUUACUUUCUAAAGCUAAAUUUUUAGAACAAGCUCCACUCGUUGUUAUAGAUUGUUCGAAGCAAAAUGAGUCACUGAAAACUGGACCUGUGGACGUUCGUUUAGAAUUUGAGUUAGGGGCUAAUGCUCCAGCGGGGACUACGGCAUUUUGUUUAAUUUUACACGAUCGUAUAGUACAAUAUAAUCCUAUAAGUGGCAAUGUACAAAAACUCAUGUGA